AUGGCGAUGCGAGGCGGCAGGGAAGCGGGAAUAUGGGGGAAAGAGGAGCGUGACGGGCGUCACCGGCAUGCACGGCGGAAAGAGGAGCGAGGCGGGCGAAGCCGGUACGAACGCCGCGACUCCGAGAGCAGCUCCAGUUUCAUGAAGGGGCACCUGGAGAGGAGCACCUAUCGCUUUGCCUUGUCCAUCUCCAGCAUUGUGGAGAAGUACAACUUUCCCUUUGAAGAUGAUAAGCUUAUCUCCAUCAAGUCACUGAUGUAUGAUACUUCUGAUGGUCCAAAAGCUUGGGGUGAAGAGUCUGAAGAAGAAAACAUAAAUGACUCAGAUGAGGCAUCCAAAAAUUUAUCUGAGGAAGAACAGUCCACGAACUCAUAUGAAGAGAGUCCAUCUGGUACAGAUUUCAAAAAUGAUUCUGAGAUGUCAUCCAUUAAAAGAUAUUUGAAAAAUUUGCACCUCAAGGAGAAUGUUCAUCUUGUCUGUCAUUCUGGAGCUGAAAUGGACAUGCUAGUGAAUGAUGAUGCCUACACUGUGUCAGAAACAACUAUGAUUUUAAGACAAUCAAAGAAUGUCCGUGAAGAACCUUUUCAAGAGCUGGUGAAUGAAUCCUUACAUGGUUAUCGUGCUGUGGUUCCGAGGAAGCAAGGACAUAAUGGGCAUUCUGAAUCUAUGUCUCUCCAGUCAUAUAACUCUACUGCUAAAGAUUCAGCAGAUGAGAUAGUUGCAUCUGGAAAUCUAGCUCUUUGGGAUAGUGAAAAAACUGGCUCUAAUAGCUUUUUGGAAACUUAUGAGUCUGCAGAUGAACGUUGUUCUUGGAAUAAUAUUACAAUAGCAGACUUGUAUCCAGAAAUGGUUAAGACGCUUAGCAGGCUUAUGCAUAAAAUGCCCCAUAAAGCUUCUUCCCGUUCCCAGAUCAAACGGUAUGGAUUCGGGUACUGCCACCCUAAAAAAACAAAUGUUAACACAGCCACUGAGAGAGUGAGGAAAUUCAAGCCAUUAAAACACAAUCGUGUCCUGGCAAUUACGAAAGAAAAUGAGAAGUGUAAAUUGCCCAUGGAAAACAGUGCAAGUAAUAGACUUUUAGGACAUGGGAACAAUCAAAUGCAUCAUACAUUUAUCAGUGAAUCUAGUGUGACGUCUCCUAUAUCCCGUAACGCAGAUGAAAUGAAAAUGGACUCCUCUGAUACUGAAGAUUACUCCUAUGUUGAGAGAGUUGGACGAAAUGGUAAUGGGGCUACCAUUUUUCCUAACAAUCUUUCUGGAAGAAAAAUAUUUCAUCUUAAAAGUCCAUCUUGGAUUCCUUCAUCUUCAGAGCAUGCAAGAAAAGGUCAGCAUUUUGAAGAGCAUUCUGCUGUUUGCCCUGAUGAUCCAGGAGCAACAUUUGAUCUGACGGAAGGAGAUGAACCUGGAAUAACAAGGAUUAUGUCAUUCAAGGCUCCAGCGUAUUUAAAUUUACCUUUGAAUAGAAACACAAACCCACCUUUGCAAGCAAACAAGUCUUCUCCACUGAAAUCUCCAUGUAGGUUAUUCAGAAAUCAUGAGAUUAAAAUUUUCCCUACAACUGGUUCACUACGGCGAAGUCAGUCUUUUUCACAGUUUCUUGUUAAUCACAGUCGCAUCAAAGUUCAGCAGAAAUCUGAAGACGCAUUUGAAAAGAUGUACAAAGAACUGUGUUGUCCACAGGUGCAGAAGUCUUCAGACAUAUGCACAAACCCAACACAGUCUGGUGACAAGCUUUUAAAACCCGAAUUGAGUAAUUGGACAAGGUUUCAUCAGAAACAUAACAAGUCUGGAAUUAUGUAUGUUAGAUCACGUUCUGAAGGAUUUCCAAAGAUCUCUACAUUUCUGAGAGCUGCAAGAUUAAAGAAAUACGAAGGGGUGCAAGUAUCUCACACUGUAAAUGCCCUAGUCAAUUCUCCUGUACGAACUCUACCUACAGUUGCCAGAAUUAAAAGAACAGCAAAUUUUUCUAAUGAAGAUUUUCUGUCUUCACCUGUAAAAAGACUAAAAAAUAUAUCUGAGAGCUUUUCUUCUGGAGUACACCAGAAACUGCCUUACUUGGAGAAUAUUAAUCUUGAUAAAACUGGCAUGACUCUCACAUUGCAUUCUCCUAAUUCAAGCAAUUGGCCUUCAAAAAAAUUAGAUUCUGAAUUCCGUGUUUCUCCAAAUCGCACCUUUUUGGUUGGACCAAGCACUUAUAUGCAUGAAUCCGGGAUUGCAGAUGACUAUGAAUACAUUCCCAAGUUGUUGCAGAGUUGUGAUGCUCUCAAAAGAAUGCAAAACUCUUCAAGAAGGGCUUCCAAAAAGCUCAACUAUAAUGAAAGGAGAGCGAGAGAUGCAUAUAUGGGAGAACUUGUCUGCAAAAAUUACCAGAGAUCAUUUUCAGAAGGAUGUGAAGAUGAAAUGUCAUGAUUAUCUAAAGGAGAAAGAUAUCGAAGUUACAGCCUGCCAUUUGGAAACACACUUCUGGAAUGCAGUUUGCUUCUACACACCCAAGAGACCAUUUUCUUAGAGAUGCAUCAGAUCUGAGGACUGUUGCCUAUACGAAACAAAUGUCAUUUUUGAGGACUUUUUUCUGAUUACCCAAU